CCGCCGUUUGCCGCAAGAAGGGGGGGGAAACGUGGCUGCGAGUGUGUCGUGUGUGCGUGUCGUGUGUGUCGGCGACAUACGACAGAAUGAGAUGAGACCCCUCGGACGGAAGCGGCCACCCGGCUGCGCGACCAGCGCCGCUUGAUCCCCUGGUCCCUGCCCCAUCGCUGCCCCAUCGCUGCCGGGGACCAGCCCCCCCAGCAUCCCCGCCAAGAUGCCACUGACCUGUGCCUCCAACUCACCCCUGCACUGCCAUGGCCACGCUAGAGACGCUGCCCAUUCUUAGUGACCCAACCUACCCUAGCCCAGAGAGUUUCCACAGCUUUGCUCCCCGGCCAUCCCAGCUCCUCUCCCGGCGCGCCAUGGGGAGCGUGGGCAGCGGCGUCGCCAACGACCAAGAGUUCGCCAUGAAGAGCGUGGGGACCCGGACGCAGAGCAGCAGCCGGCAGCUGGAGGGCUCUCGCAACGGCUACUCCACGCGGGAGAUCUCCAACCGCUACUCGGGCGAGGAGAAGACCUACAAGUCAGAGAAGGUCUCCAAUUCCCUCUACAUCAACGGCGACUUGCGGAAGAGCGAGAAGGUGAAGAUGGACAUCUGCGGGAACGUGACCACCAACAACGAGAAGAACUUGCCGCCGCCCCCCCAGUACCGGGAGCCCAACAACCCACCAAAGAUACUGCCGAUCUCCGGCAAACUAGACCAGAGCAAUGAGCCCUUAGUUAGACCCUCAGCCUUUAAACCAGUAGUUCCUAAAAACUUCCAUUCCAUGCAGAACCUCUGCCCGCCGCAGAGCAACGGAGUGACAGAGAAUAGAAAGAGCUUGAACCAUGCCAACAGCAAUAGCCCAUCCGCACCCAAGAGUGGACUGGACAAGAGCAGCCUUAACAGGACUACAAACCAAGUGGGAGGCCUUUCGGAUUCAGGGCGGAACUCGUUAACCAGCCUGCCCACCUACGGGACAGGCUACAGCCAGCACGUGGGCCCCAUGAGCGCCUCCACCAGCCACAUCAACCGCAUCGGAACGACCUACGUGGAGAAGAACAUGGUGGGAUACAACGGGAUAUCUACCUCAGACAGCGGGCGCUCCUCGAGCAAGAGCACCUCCUCCUUCAGCAGACUGAACCAUCUCAACGAGACGAUGCCUUUCCACUCGCCUUCCACAGACGACAUCAUCCAAGACCUGGAAGACCGGCUGUGGGAGAAGGAGCAGGAGGUCCUUCAGAUGCGAAGGAACCUGGACAAAAGCGAGGCGGCCAUCUUCCAAGUGUUCGAGGAGAAGCAGAAGAUCUGGGAGAGGGAAAUGGAGGACCUGAGGCAAAACUACGCCAACAAACUGCAGCAGGUCUCCAAAAAGGCGCAGCGGGCUCAGCAGGCCUUGCAGCUCCAAAUCUUCAAGCUCCAGCAGGAGAAAAAAAAACUCCAGGAUGAUAUGGGACAACUCCUCCAGCAACGAGAGGAGCUGGAGAAGAAAUUUGUGGCUUUCAAGAAGGAGCAGGCUGAAUUUCUCCCAAAGAUCGAAGAGACCAAGUGGGAGGUGUGCCAGAAGGCAGGUGAGAUCUCCCUGCUCAAGCAGCAGCUGAAGGACUCCCAAGCAGAUGUCUCCCAGAAGCUGAAUGAGAUUGUGGGACUACGGACACAGCUGAAGGAAGGUAAGAACUUCCUGCGGGAGAAGGAGGAGCAGAUCCUCACCCUGAAGGACUCCUACAGCUCCAAAAGUGUCAACCUGGAGAUCUGUGAGAGCGAGCUACAGCGGAAGAUGAGUGAGGUCCAGGUGCUGAGGGAAAAACUGAACCACUGUGAGCUGGAGGUCUCCAGCCUGAAGCGGACACUUGCCAGCAUGGGACCUCCAGCACCUUUCGGUGGGGACCCUGGCGAGAAGCUGCGGGACCCACUGGCCUGUGAGAGCGAUGAAGCCAAGAUGCAGCGGCAGAGCGAGGACAGCGUCAACGCCUUGCGGAAGGAGGUGGAGCGGCUGCAGGCCGAGCUGAAGCUGGAGCGGCAGCAGCGGGAGCAGCAGGUGAUGGACUUCGAGGAGGAGCGGCGCACGUGGCAGGAGGAGAAGGAGAAAGUCAUCAAGUACCAGAAACAGCUGCAACUCAACUACGUGGAGAUGUACCAGAAGAACCAGCUCCUGGAGCACAAAGUGAAUGAGAUGAACACAAAGGCCACCAGUCCCCCGCACACCGAGGAGAAAAAACCAUGGACUCCCUCCAGACUCGAGCGGAUAGAGUCCACCGAGAUCUGAGGUGGGACCAAGACAAGACACCGCCGACGUUUCCUUGCUGUGCAUGUACUACCUACUCAAGCCAGGGGUCUUCCAAAGGAGAACACGCUACUGUCGGAGCGGUGCCAGCCUGCUCGCACCGAGCUCCACCACCCUUACUCUGUACUUCUGUGCUCUGUAGGUAAAACAACUGUGGCUGUGCGUUGGGUUUCUCUCGAUGAUGUGGCAUCUCUUUGGGUUUUGUUUCCUAGUACAGCUGGUGAGGGUCACUUGGCUCUUUCAUAAUCUGCCGUGACUGUUAGUUCGCUAGAAGCUGCCAGCCCCUCUCCUACAAUUCACCCCUCUUUGGUUGGUUGUUUUGGAGGGUUGUGUUUGGUUUCUUUGGUUUUCCAAGCAUUCAAGUGCAGCAAAACAGUUCAAAGUGGCAGGUUUUUUUCUUUUCAGGGCAUUUUUAGCCACAUUGGCUAAUGGAGCAAAGCUCUCAGGAUCAUGAGCAAACUCACUGUUCUGCAUCAAGUAUCCUGUCUAGACGGUGGUCUUAGUGAAGUCAGUGGGAGGUUGGCCACUGACUUCAGUGAAACCAGACAUAUCUCUACCAGAUGACUUCCUCUUGCUAGCCCAUGGCUACCAUGGUUGCAAGAGGUUAGGACAUCCUUGAAGAGCAGGAUGAGCCUGUCCUGGUCACCUAAGCCAACAAGGAAUGAUCACCCAGCAGGAGCCUCUUUGAAGGCUCAGCAGAGCUUAACAUAUGCUGCGUUUUCACUUUGCUGUGGUUUCCUUCUGCAGUUCCACUCCUCUCCUGGGUUGUGACCAACCCUGGGAGCAGAAAUACCUUCCCACUUCUGCCUUGGUUUUCCCCUAUUCUUACCAUAUACUCAAGUUGUCUUCAGCAAGGAAAAAGCUUGGAAAUCCAAGCUAGUUUCCCUUCCCAAGAGUCCUCUCACUUCCCAAAGUCAAUAGAACCGAGGUUUGGGGAAGCCUCCAAACCCACAGAUGUUUAUGCAAACUGAAGCUUUAGCGAUGUGCCCCAACAGUGGGCAACUGUGCAACUCCAUUCCUAAAUGAAUGAUGCUUUGGUGGACUCUCUCAGUCCAGGGUCUACUCCAAAAAGAGCAUCUGAGCCUCACUCAGGAGUGAGCACACUCCUGCACUGCUGCAAGAUCACGACGGGGAGAGCGUUAGCCUUCAGUAUGGCCACUUUGAACAGCACCUAUCACAGCCCCACGUGGUGUGACCUGCUCUGGGGACAGAGAUUAUGCAGGUCUAGCUUAAGAAAACAGUCAGCUACUAACUCUGAGCAUGAAAGCAGUCACAAGAAGGGAAAACUCUUAAGAACACACAGAUGCUUGUGUUCCAGCAGAGUAAUAACCAAAUACUCUCUGCACAGACACUGAGAAUGGUGCAGGCGUCAAGAAUCAGAGAAUACUAUAACACCAGGAUGGAAGGGACCUCAAGGUAAAAAACAAACCAACAUCCUUCAGCUUGAAAAGGUGGUCGAAGAAGACUUGGUUCUCCCUUUCAUGGACACUUCUUUUUACCAUGGUUCACAGGAAAGAGAAAACUGUUGCACUGUGGAGUUUGUACUGAGCGGGCAGUGGUCAAAGCAUCGACACAAGGGGAAAUUUGGGCUCUUUGUCCUAAGGAGCAGCUUGAAGAACAAAGCUAGAAUUAGUCUUGGAAUGUCUGUGACUCCAGGGAGAGUUUGGCCAGAUCACAUUUCAUGUGCAUACCACGGAUAAACUUCAGGUUCUGAAGACUUUACAAACAACAGCCCUGAAGCUACACAUUUUCCACUUUUCCUUCCCAAAAGCUCCCCCUCUGCAUCACCACGUUAGGCCUUCAAGUUAGGAACAACUGUUAUUGUGGUGAGCUCCAUACUAAGCAAAUAGGCUGAGCAGGAGAGGGGAGACUUCAGUUUAGUCCCACCAACCUCCAGCCAAUGGCAAUGGACAGUGUUACUGGGCAGGAACUGUUGGUGGCUGGCAGUGACCUUUGCAACUGCAGAAAAUGGAGAUGUAGGAUGAAACCCAAGCAUUUCAAGAUCCCAGAUGAUGGUACCUCUCUUCUCCCACUGCUUCUGCCUGUGAAUUUGAAGCUGGAGGAAGACAUAACCCCUCAAUCUGGAAAACAUCAGGGCAGCUCAGGCUAAACUCCUCUCCCAGGACCAGUGAUAGAAGGAGGACUAGGUUGGGUCUGAGCCAUGAAAGGUGUGGAGAAGAGUCCUACUAAGAAUCCUGCAGAUGCUCUAGCACUCUUGGACAUCAACCUGUGCACCUCACUGAGGGAGAAAUGCAGCUGCCCAUCAGUGCCUCUCAGCAGCAGAUGCCCAAAUGCUCUGCUCAAAUCUACACUUGGCCAGGCAAGUCCUAAAGUUUCCUCCAUUGCAUACACUGGGCCUUCCAGAUGGAGUCGAACAUGCCAGUGUCAGGGCUGGAGAUCUGAUGACUUGUCUCAUCUCAUCUUUCUGUGCUUCUCUCUCCACAAAGGAUGAACCCAUGCUGUUCCUCCUCCUAAAACAGUUGUGAGACAUCUGUGCUUGUGAGGGACUUUGCAGCCCUUGGCCAAAAAAGCAAGGCAAAAAGAAACCUCAAGAGGUUUAGACACAGAUGGUCCUGUGGUAUUUUUGAGGCCACCAAAUAAAACCAGACUCAGCAGCAAGUGCCCUGACCACAGGAUGGGUCCAUUAACCUGGUGGAUUAUUUCCAACUUUGCUCCUCCUAGCCCCACUGACACUGAGGUUAGUUUCUCACUAAACACCACAGAAACCAGCACUUCCAGCAGACCCAGAGAGGUGAUUCUGCCACUUUACUCUCCUCACCUGGAGUACUAGGUCCAGCUCUGGAGCCCUCAAUACAGAAAGGAUAUGGACCUAAUGGAACAUGUCCAGAGGAGAGCCAUGAAAAUGAUCAGGGGGUUGGAGCAACCUCGGCUAUGAGGACAGGCUGAGGG